UUGUUUUGUCGUAGAUAUAUUUUACUACGUUAUAAUCACGAAACAACUAUGAUUUGAACAGAGAUUACAUCGUGCACAAUGCACAAGUAGCUAAUUUAUCUCCUAUCACCCAAACAGAAUUAAGUGACCGGCCCUCUAUCCAAUAAUUGAAGCGAUUUUAUAACCAAAAGUCAGCCAGCACCAAUCAGAGAACAAGAAAAGUCAUAAGGGCGGUUCUUCCACACCACGAGAAAUCUUUAGCUAGCGUUUGUCUCGGAUUGAGGAGACGAUAGGACGAGGUCUACAGGUUCCAGGAGCUCUCGAGGCUUCUGUAGUUCCGCCCACGACACGCCCCUUGGAACCGCUUAAAUAGAGCAGUGUUCUGAAGAGAGGAACAAGGCUUCUUUUCACCGCCUUACAAGACAAUGGAGGCUGAAAUCGAACAGCAAGAAGAGGAGACUACUUUCAGCAACACAGAAACCAACGGUAAGCGCCCAGCGGAGGAUAUGGAUGACGAGCAGGACUUUAAGAGGUCCCGAAACACCGAGGACAUGCAGGAGCUGAGGAUCCUGCUGCAGAGCAAGAAUGCGGGGGCUGUGAUUGGGAAAGCGGGGAAGAACAUCAAAGCGCUACGCUCUGACUACAAUGCCAGUGUGUCAGUCCCAGACAGCAGUGGCCCAGAGCGUAUCCUGAGUGUGAGCGCUGACAUCGACACCAUCGGAGAGAUCCUGCUGAAGAUCAUCCCCACGCUGGAGGAGUACCAGCACUACAGUGGACUUGACUUUGACUGCGAGCUGCGCAUUCUCAUACACCAAAGUCUGGCUGGAAGCAUCAUCGGCGUCAAAGGAGCCAAAAUCAAGGAGUUGAGAGAGAACACCCAGACCAGCAUCAAGCUGUUUCAGGAGUGCUGUCCCCACUCUACGGACCGCGUGGUCCUGGUCGGAGGGAAACCGGAACGCGUGGUCGAGUGCAUCAAAGUCAUGCUGGAGCUGAUUGCGGAGGCCCCUGUGAAAGGCCGCGCCCAGUCCUACGACCCAAACUUCUACGACGAGACGUAUGACUACGGCGGCUUCACCAUGAUGUACGAGGAGCGGGCACGGAGGCCCAUGGGCUUCCCCAUGCGCGGGCGCGGUGGGUUUGAGCGCAUGCCCCCCGGCCGCGGGGGGCGCCCCAUGCCCCCCUCCCGACGCGACUACGAGGACAUGAGCCCCCGCCGCGGACCCCCCCCACCCCCGCCCGGCAGGGGGGCCCGGGGCGGCAGCAGGGCCCGAAACCUGCCCCUGCCCCCUCCCCCGUCUUCUAGAGGAGGAGAUGACCAGUAUUCCUACGAGACGUAUCACGGCAGUGCUGACGAAAGGCCAAACACUGACCGUAGAGGGAGGCCUGGUGAUCGUUAUGACAACAUGGGUGGAGGAGGGUAUGACAGCAGCUCGUCCUGGGAGCCGUAUCAGUCGGGGGGGCGCGGUUCCUAUGGCGAUAUGGGGGGCCCCGUUAUCACCACGCAAGUGACCAUCCCCAAGGACCUGGCCGGGUCCAUCAUCGGCAAAGGCGGUCAGCGCAUCAAGCAGAUCCGCCACGAGUCCGGAGCGUCGAUCAAGAUCGACGAGCCGCUGGAGGGGUCUGAGGAUCGCAUCAUCACCAUCACUGGCACUCAGGACCAGAUACAGAACGCUCAGUACCUAUUACAGAAUAGUGUGAAGCAGUACUCUGGUCGCUUCUUCUAAAGGAGGGGAGUGAAGGGAUGCAACCCUGCUCCGUUCUCAGAACAUUCCUCUGCUUUAGUGUUCACUCUCCUCUCCAUACGCUGCACCACCUUUUAACUCACACACCCUUAGCUCCCUCCCCCCCCGUUUCACUCCCAGUGGAACAGGCCCAUUUUUCCCUUUUGAGGUUUUUUUUUGUUUUUGUUUUUUUUGUUUUUUUUUUCCACUUGGUUUGUUCCGAGUUCUCGAAGGUAGAUGAAACCCCUCCGUUUUGUGUACCUGUUUGUAUGUUUGGUCCGCCACGUAUACCAAAAUCCAUUCAGCACAACAUGCAGAAUGUAAUCUUGCUUUGUAAGAAACAUUUUAUCAUUUUUAAAAUAAACAACAAAAAAAAAAGUUUAGGAAACUGUUCUUGCCAUUUUUCAGUUUACUAAAAAAAAUGCCUAGGGGCUGUAGAAAUGUAAAUAUGCAGUGAUCGGUCAUUUCUAAGGAUUUUAUAGAAUUCAAAUUUCCAAAUUUUUUUCUUUCUCAUCUGUGGGUUAUAUUCUUAAUGUACUGAUUGGACCAAGAAAGGGGGAAGGGUGGGGUUGCAUCCAAGCCCGUGUUAUGUGAUGAAACUUUAAGGCCUGUUUUAAACGUCUUGUGUGGAUGGGAUCCGAGUGUGUGGUUUGUUUUCCUCUGUACUGCUGUGUCGGUGUGAUCGGGGCUGAGGCCUGUUUGUAGUGGUGUAGCUGCAUGCAAGCGACCGCGGCUCCAGUCCUGCUGUUGAAUUUGCUGAAAGUCCGAGUAAUAAAGUCCAUGCCACAUUUUA